AUGGUCAAGAUCUACAAGCCCGGAAAAGUUGCUAUCCUCCUUCAAGGCCGCCAGGCGGGCAAGAAGGUUGUCGUCAUCAAGCAGCUCGAUGACGGUACAAAGGAACGCCCAUACCCCCACGCAAUAAUUGCAGGCAUCGAGCGCUACCCACGGAAAGUGACGAAGCGCAUGGGUGCGAAGAAGUUGGCGAAACGGAGCAAGGUCAAGCCUUUCAUCAAGGUCGUUAACUACUCGCAUCUCUUCCCCACACGUUACGCUGUCGAGUUAGAGGGUUUGAAGGGUGUCGUUGGUUCCGAGACCUUCAAGGAGCCCUCACAGCGAGAAGACGCGAAGAAGCAGGUGAAGAAGCUUUUGGAGGACCGGUACACGAGCGGAAAGAACAAGUGGUUCUUCCAGCCUCUCCGCUUCUGA